CCACGUAUCAACCAACCUUCUGCAAACCUAGCGCCUUCCAACAGUAGCAGCAAAAGAUGACUAAGGGUACUCAAUCGUUCGGUAUGAGACACAACAAGUCUCAUACCAUUUGCCGUCGUUGUGGAAAGCGUUCUUUCCAUAUCCAAAAGAGCACCUGUGCUGCUUGCGGCUACCCUGCUGCUAAGACGCGCAAGUACAACUGGAACCCUAAGGCCAAGAGAAGAAAGACCACUGGUACCGGUCGUAUGCGUCACUUGAAGGAGGUUCACAUGCGUUUCAAGAACGGAUUCCGUGCUGGCAAGCCUGCUGCUUCUGCUUAAAUUACCAAAUGAAUCUGUACUUAAACGUCAUCGAAUCGCGUUUUGUUUGUAGAAUUGAGAGUGUGUGGUAGUUUGUAACAAGCUUGUAUUUGAUCGUGGAUGUAAGCGUACUUUGGUUAUUCUGUUUGUUCCACGUGUAUGAG